CUCCUUCAAUGGCGGAUGAGCUGAUCUUCUCUCUUCCAUGAUUCCUAAAUAGCCGAAACUGUCUCUCUUGUGCUCGAUUCCACACAAACACAGAGACAGAGACAGAGAGAGAGAGGGAGAGAGAGAGGGAGGGAGGGAGGGGGAUAUCGUAUAACAUAGCAGCAGAGACAGUGAUGCUGAAGCGGCGGCAGAGAGCUCUGCUCUUGGUGGUGCUCCGGAAGCUGCUGACCUGCGCCAUAUGCGCCAUAGCACUCGUGGCCCUGUUCUCUGUGCACGGCCACGUCUUCCCUUCAUCUAAGCUCCCCGGAGCCUCCGAGCCCCUCAAGUUCCCUUCGCAACACGAAAUUAAAUACCAGAGAGUCGGUGCUGAGCAAAGCUGGAAGCAGGAGCUCGUGCCGCCUCAUUUUUCAAAACCUCCAGUCUCUCCCCACAAGUUGGAUGAUCAGAAAUGGAGUUUGGAUACCAGCAAGCUCUGGAAACCUCCACCAAAUCGUGAUUUCUUCCCCUGCAUAGAUCCCAGUCCUAACCAUACUGCUCCUGCUGAAUCACAAGGCUACCUUCUUGUUCAUACUAAUGGCGGACUUAACCAGAUGAGAGCCGGGAUAUGCGACAUGGUAGCUGUUGCACGUAUCAUAAAUGCUACCCUUGUGAUUCCAGAGCUCGAUAAAAGGUCAUUUUGGCAAGAUUCUAGUAACUUUUCAGAUGUAUUUGAUGAAGAUCACUUUAUAAAUACCCUGGCUAAUGAUGUGAAAAUCAUAAAAAAGCUCCCCGAGGAACUUGCUACUGCUACAAAAGGCACUAGGCAGUUCAAAAGCUGGUCUGGUUUAGAGUACUACCUAAAUGAGAUAGCUGGUAUGUGGGAAGAUUAUGAGGUGAUUCGAGCUGCUAAAUCUGAUUCUCGUCUUGCUAAUAACCAUCUGCCGCCUGACAUCCAAAAGCUGCGCUGCCGUGCAUGUUAUCAAGCACUCCAUUUUGCACCUCAUAUUGAAGCAAUGGGAAAAUUAUUGGUUGAGAGAAUGAGAUCCCAUGGUCCUUAUAUUGCCCUUCAUCUGCGAUAUGAGAAGGAUAUGCUUGCAUUUAGUGGAUGCACACAUGGUUUAUCUCCUGCUGAAGCCGAUGAACUGAGGAUUAUUAGGGAGAACACUGAAUACUGGAAAGUGAAGGAAAUUAAUUCAACUGAACAGCGACACAAAGGAUAUUGCCCUCUCACUCCAAAGGAGGUUGGAAUUCUUCUUACUGCCCUGGGAUACCCAUCAAACACACCUAUAUACAUUGCCGCAGGAGAGAUAUAUGGCGGCGAUUCUCAUAUGGCUGACCUUCAGUCCCGCUUUCCCAUGUUGAUGAGCAAGGAGAAAUUAGCAUCGGUUGAGGAACUCGAACCUUUUCUAAGUCAUGCAUCUCAAAUGGCUGCUCUUGACUACAUUGUAUCUGUUGAGAGUGAUGUAUUUAUUCCAUCCUACUCCGGAAAUAUGGCAAGAGCAGUUGAAGGUCAUCGUCGUUUUCUGGGACAUAGGAAGACUAUUUCUCCUGACAGGAAAGCUUUUGUUCGAUUAGUUGACAAGAUUGAGCAGGGAAUUCUGAGAGAAGGCAGAAAGUUUUCUAAUCGAAUCAUUGAGCUCCACAGGAGACGGCAAGGAUCCCCUCGGAAGAGAAAAGGCCCCAUCAAGGGAACGAAGGGCACGGACAGAUUACGGUCGGAGGAGGCUUUCUAUGAAAAUCCACUGCCAGAUUGUCUCUGUCAGAGCCAGAGGACAUCUGUAUCUACGGAUGCCUCACGACAGAUUAUCCAACAUAUAGGCCAGUCUUCAGCAGACAAAACAGCAUUGAGAAAACAAUAGACCAUUAUAUCCUUCCGUAUGUCUGUGGCACAAUCCAAAUCUUUUGACUGGGUACGAAAAGGAAGGGUAAGAAUGAAGAAUAGGUCGGGGGUGCGGAUUUUGUACAUGCUGAGUCGAUAAUCUAGGGAGCAAAGGAGCAUGACCGAGGCAUAGAUUGAGAUGUGACAUGGGAAAGCUUGGAGGGGUGCAUAGGAUAGGCUCUUGGGGAAGUAGGGUGGGUAUAUAAGAUUGGGAUGAGGGAAGGAUCGCUCGAGGAGGUUAUAUACUACGAAAAUCAUGUAUUUUGCAGUUGCUCCUAAAAAGUAACGGUUAGAUUUUCUAUUUCCCGUUUUUGCCCUCUCAUGGAUGUAAUCUCAUACCGGGAAUCGGUUGAAAUGAAAGUGAAAGCAUUAACAUUCUUUCUCCUA